AAUCCGUUGUUGCAGCGUUAGAGGAAGAAAGCCUAAAACAACCUACAGCCACAUUUAUCGCCUUAACCCACUUUUUUCCCGGGUCGUUUUUUCCUCGAACUUCUUCCUCCCCUCUCCCCUUUCGUUUUUGUCUAGCUAAAAUGGCUUGUGGAGCUACGUUAAAGCGGUCGAUGGAGUUUGAGGCCCUCCUCAGUCCCCAGUCUCCCAAGCGGAGGAGGUGCAACCCUCUACCGGGGACUCCUGGCACUCCGUCCCCGCAGAGAUGCAACCUCCGUCCCCAGGUCGACAGCCCAACGCACUCGAUGUCUCCUCAAGCGACGGGAGGCGAACACAGGCUCACCCCAGAGCAGAUCUUCCAUAACCUCCGUCAGGAGUACAGCCGGAUCCAGAGGCGGCGGCAGCUGGAAGGGGCCUUCAACCAGAGCGAGGCCUGCAGCUCCAGUGACGCCCCCAGCCCCAGUUCCUCCAUCAACGCUCCCAGCUCCGCACCAGGUGCCUCGAGGAAGGACCAGCCCUCGUUUACACUGAGGCAGGUGAGCUACCUGUGCGAGCGCUUGCUCAAAGACCACGAGGAGAAGAUCCGGGAGGAGUACGAACAGAUCCUUAACACAAAACUUGCAGAACAAUAUGAAUCUUUUGUGAAAUUCACACAAGACCAGAUCAUGCGAAGAUACGGGGCCCGGCCUGCUAGUUAUGUCUCUUGAACUCACCUCGAUGAGAUCCCAGCUUCCUCUCACAAGAUGGCUGCUCCUCUACUGCCCUCUUCCACUUGUUUUUAAUUUUCUCCCCCUCUCCCAAAACCCUACCCACCAACGAACCCCCCCUCCCCCCCGCCCCCUCUCCCUUAAACCGUUUGGGUGCCAUGGUUUAUCCAUUUUUUAAUCCAAAACUUGAUUUCUUACUUUAAAACUAUCGCUGCUGGCCAAAAGUUACAGGAAUCUGAAAGAUAAACUAUGUUUGACCCGCCCCCCC